CUUUUGUUGUUGCCGCGACCCGGGGCUGUUUUCUCGGCCGUUGUGGAAGGGGUUUUCCUGCUGCACCGGCUCUCUGCCCUGCACCUCCUUCCCAGUGGUUUCACCCUUCCUCUUUCCCCAAGUGCUUUAUGCACGGCGAACUGCGCGAAGAUUUGCAUCCCCCCCCUCCACCCCAAAACCUCAAACACACCCGGGGCACCCUGCCCCCACCUCUGAGAAACAAAACCCCAAACCUCACAGAGCCCCCGCGGGUCCGCGGUAGCGAGACUUGGACGGGAUGUCUCCGGGCCAUUGCGGUCCUUGGGGCUCAUUAAACUGUCACUCACCCCCACCAUCACCCCAGUGAGUAAACGGGGUGAUUAACGUCGGAUAUAUUGGAAUGGGGCGAGGGCAUCCGCGGAGAAGAGGGUGUGUGUAGCAGGGAAGUAAUGUGUCUGCCCAGUGUGCCUCCAGAACGAGUUCAGAAUUAUGUCAUUCACCGCGAAGUUAGAGAAAGUUAGGUUUCUUAGUGACUCGUGAGCGAGGGCAGGACAGAGUUGGGGUUUUGUUCUCUAGCUCCCUGCCUCCGUUUUCUAAGGCGAGCCUAAGAGUGGCUGUCGCCCGGGUUGGGACGUUUGCGCCUCAGGCCCCAGUUUCUUUUUUCUACUCCUCGACCUCCCAAGAGUCUGUAGAGAUAGAUGUGUCUGACAUUCAUAGUUGUCGCAGCACCUUGCAGGGAACCGGGCGGCCCAGCCCGGGUUACCUUAGCAUUUCAUCAGCCAUUAGAAACUAAGACCCACAAACUCCAGCCAAGAAAGUUCCCAAAGUCUACACUCCUGCUGAUCACAACCCUUUAGCCCAAAGGGAUAGGGAAGAAGGGCAAGACAAAGUGACGCCUUUUUCUGAGCAGAAACAUGAGAUGUGGCCAAACAGUCAUCCUAAGUGACUGCAGCAGGUUGUGUCGGUUUAUUAAUUUGCCUUUAUUGAACCGAAAUACUUUCCAGGAUUUCACAAAGUGCAGUUUCAGUUUGUUGACGCUGAGAAUGGAAAUCUGCAUUCACGGUGGCAGUGUGAAUUAUUUUCCUGGGAGGUAGUUGCAGAUAAGUUGCUAAGUAAGAGUGAAAUAAUAAGGUGAACCACGCUGAAGUAAUAGCUCUUAAUAAGUCUGCCAACAUUUUGGAGAUGUCUACCAUUAUCUCCGCGGGGGGAGGAAAAAAAAAAACAUGCUGUAAUAAUGCCGAAGUGGGGCUGGAGAUGUCAAAUGGGUUGGUUUAAAAAUAUCCCUAAGCUGCCUUUGAAACUAGACGUUGGAGUUGAAUAAAAGUGAAUGUGGGUUUCCUGAAUAGCACCGAGCCUGAGUGUGCUGUCAUAUGUAAGCCAGUCCACCAACUUGAGGCAGAAGUGUUGCGAUUCCAUAAAUACAGUAGGACUCCAUAUGCUGAGUUUUUCAAUUUCUUCUGUUAGAAAGUUUGGGGGGAAAAAAAGGAAGACUUUGAAGUAUUUUGUUUAUACUAACAGAAGAGAAAAGUUCUCCUAAGAAAAAGCUGGUGGCAGGAGUGUAGAGGAGUAGCAUAUGGCAUUAAAGGAGCACAGCUGGAGGUAGCAUUUCCAUCUGAACAUGAUGUCAGAGCAGCUGACAGCCUGCCAUCCCUCAGCCUUUUAUUCUAACACACAGACAGGGAGCUAGUGUGUGCGGAUCUGUGGUGGAGAAGGUAUCUCAUUCCUCUCCAACAUCAUCUCCACUUUGCAUCUGUCUCUCUUAGUCUGCUUUUUUUCCACCGAUGUAACAGACCUGGAGCCAGCAAGACUCCGAGGGAAGGACUUAAUCAAGUUUAUGUGUCCUAAAGGUAGGAGUAGCAAGAGAUUAGAUUGAGCAUCUUUCUGUUUGGGUGUUUUAUUUAAUUUUUUUAAAAAAACAUCACAUUACUUUUGUAAUCCACUUUAUGAAUAAUGUGUGAAAUUGAGCAUGAAGUGAUGGUCUUGAGCUGGAAGUCUUGGGCUUGCUUGGUUUGAAUUUUUAUUUCUUUUCUUUGAGCAAGUAAAUAACUUUAAUACACAGAAAUAUUUCAAGUUUUCAGAUGGUAAGAAAGGCUUUGGAAUAUGGCUUUUUGAGAUCACUUUGGAUUAAGAUGCCUUUUGUUGUUCACUGCUGUUUAGAUUCCUUUUGCUUUAGGGGGGCAGAAACAGUAAACUGUCUGGAAUCCAGCUUUCAAACUUAUAUGAGAAGAUUAUUCUGGUUAAGAAGCUAGGUUGUUGUGUAAUUAAUUCCACUGUGAAACUUUAUUCUCCAAAACAUUCGGCAAGCAUUACUGAAAGCAGCAUACAGCUGUAGUGCUUUUGAAACCGGAGGGUUUUUGUUGUUGGGAUUUUUUUGUUUUUGUUUUUUAAGAAGAGGGGAGAAGAAAAAGAAAGACAACUUUUAUCCCUAGGAGAAUAGUUUGACCAGUUUCCUCAUUUCUCUUUCAGAUAUAUAUUUAAGAGAUCUUUUAUUUCAGCGUAACAAUAAUUAUUUGCAGGAGUUUCUGCGUUAGCGACUAAUUUAGAACUUGUAGAUUCGAGCUGCCUGAAUUGGCCAGACAGCUGUAAUCGCACUCCUCUAUUCUUAAUCUCUUUAUCUGGGCAGCAGCUGCCAUAUGGCCACAGUCAGCUGGAUCAGAUGUUUAUAAGCUUCCUUCUUCGUCCCUCUCUGUCCUCUCAGCCUCCUAAUUUGAUCACGGCUACCUUGUGAGCUGGCCUCCAGUCUUUAUUUUUAGCCCUCUCCAGGGUUGGGAUUGAUGUUAGCUGUGGGGCACUUAAAGUGAUUGUAUUGUAAAUCUUGGUUCAUUCUAGUGGUGGUGUCUUCCAGAAGGUAUCUGGGGUUAGGAUGAGAGUUUCACUGUCUCAGCAUGGUGAGGACAAGGAGGGAAGCUGGUUCUGAAUGUUAACUCCAUACCCACCCUCAGCUGCACUUGGUGUGGUGGGUGGAUGGGAGCCCUGCUUCUGUUCACAGGGUGAGGAAGUGGGCUCUCUUUAUCUUUCUCCACCACAGUUGGAUUUUGACCCAGUCUUGCCUUCCCUCCUUCACUGCCCUCCCUUGCCAGAAAACAAGGCAAAGAUGCAUAAUUGAAAGAACAGAACUACUGGGAAAACAAGAUAUAUCCAGUUAUUAUUGAAACAAAGUAUUUUCUGUUGGUGAGUAAGAUGACCUUUCCCAUCUGUCGGUGCAGUUCCAUCUGAUCUCCUGCCUGUGCAGUACCUGCAAAUCUUACGCACCAACAUCUGUUCUUAUACACAGGGCUUUUGUUGUUGUAACACUCUGACUUUAAAAAGUAAGUUGUUUGCUGAUUUCUGGACUAAUUAUGCAAUUUCAUUCCCCUUUUCCGCUUCCCAAUUCAACCAAAUGUGUGUGUGUUCAGUCUUCACUUUGCAGUAGUCAGGUAUGAAAAGUGAUAAAAUAAAAAGAAUGGUUGGGCAAGUUUUCUUCACUCUUCCAAAAUUUGUGUGGGACUUUGCCUUGUUAUUGUGGGUUCUUCCUUUUGAAGUUAAAGCUGUCUUGUAGGUUUUGUGGGAUGUCGUUUGAUGAGUAGUUGGUUAAAUCUCUUCUGGAAGAGGUCUGAAUUCUUGGUCUCAGUAAUAGGCUGUAGCUAAAGGAAGUCUUUAACUCGACCAGGAGUUCUGAGAAGGGUGAGAGUCCUUGGCAAGUGCAUUUAGGUCGCAUGUGUGACUUGGGAGUCCUUUGGGGUGUGAUCCUGAUUUAAAAUUCAUAGACAUGGAACUCUCCACCACUAAGGCGGAUUUUUUUUUUUUUUAAACUGGAAACUAGAGGCUAAACUAGUAAGCAGGCUCUAACGAGACCCUCCUCUUUCCCCAGGUUAUGAAGACAGUAUGGAGUUUCCAGACCACAGCAGACAUUUGCUGCAGUGUCUGAGCGAGCAGAGACACCAGGGCUUUCUUUGUGACUGCACUGUUCUGGUGGGAGAUGCCCAGUUCCGGGCGCACCGAGCUGUGCUGGCUUCAUGCAGCAUGUAUUUCCACCUCUUUUACAAGGACCAGCUGGACAAAAGAGACAUUGUUCAUCUGAACAGCGACAUUGUGACAGCCCCCGCUUUCGCUCUCCUGCUUGAAUUCAUGUACGAAGGGAAACUCCAGUUCAAAGACUUGCCCAUUGAGGACGUGCUAGCAGCUGCCAGUUAUCUCCACAUGUACGACAUUGUCAAAGUCUGCAAAAAGAAGCUGAAGGAGAAAGCUACCACCGAGGCAGACAGCACCAAAAAAGAAGAAGACGCUUCAAGUUGUUCUGACAAAGUCGAGAGCCUCUCAGACGGCAGCAGCCACAUGGCAGGUGACCUGCCCAGUGAUGAAGAUGAAGGCGAAGAUGAGAAAUUGAACAUUCUACCCAGCAAAAGGGACUUGGCAGCUGAGCCUGGGAACAUGUGGAUGCGAUUGCCCUCAGACUCAGCAGGCAUCCCCCAGGCUGGCGGAGAGGCCGAGCCACACGCCACAGCAGCUGGAAAAACAGUAGCCAGCCCCUGCAGCUCAACAGAGUCUUUGUCCCAGAGGUCUGUCACCUCCGUGAGGGAUUCGGCAGAUGUUGACUGUGUGCUGGACCUGUCUGUCAAGUCCAGCCUUUCGGGAGUUGAAAAUCUGAACAGCUCUUAUUUCUCUUCACAGGACGUGCUGAGAAGCAACCUGGUGCAGGUGAAGGUGGAGAAAGAGGCGUCCUGUGAUGAGAGUGAUGUUGGCACUAAUGAUUAUGACAUGGAACAUAGCACUGUGAAAGAGAGUGUGAGCACUAACAACAGGGUACAGUAUGAGCCGGCCCACCUGGCUCCUCUGAGGGAGGACUCGGUCUUGAGGGAGCUGGAUCGGGAGGACAAAGCCAGCGAUGAUGAGAUGAUGACCCCAGAGAGCGAUCGGGUCCAGGUGGAAGGGGGCAUGGAGAGCAGCCUGCUUCCCUAUGUCUCCAAUAUCCUGAGCCCUGCAGGCCAGAUCUUCAUGUGCCCCCUGUGCAACAAAGUCUUCCCCAGCCCCCACAUCCUGCAGAUCCACCUGAGCACGCACUUCCGAGAGCAGGAUGGCAUCCGCAGCAAGCCUGCCGCCGAUGUCAAUGUGCCCACGUGCUCCCUGUGUGGGAAGACUUUCUCCUGCAUGUACACCCUCAAGCGCCACGAGAGGACUCACUCGGGGGAGAAGCCCUACACGUGCACCCAGUGCGGCAAGAGUUUCCAGUACUCGCACAACCUGAGCCGCCACGCCGUGGUGCACACCCGUGAGAAGCCCCACGCCUGCAAGUGGUGCGAGCGCAGGUUCACGCAGUCGGGAGACCUGUACAGACACAUCCGCAAGUUACACUGUGAGUUGGUGAACUCCUUGUCGGUCAAAAGUGAAGCACUGAGCUUGCCCACUGUCAGAGACUGGACCUUAGAAGAUAGCUCUCAAGAACUUUGGAAAUAAUUUUAUAUAUAUAUAUAAAUAAUAUAUAUAUAUAUAUAUAUAUACAUAUAUAUACAUAGAUCUCUAUAUAGUUGUGGUACGGUCUAAAAGCAGUCUUGUUUCCUGGAACUGAAAAGUUGGGAUCUUAACUUGUUUUUGCACUUUAGAAUAAUAGCAUGAGAAUCUCACUAAUUUAGCAUUCUGAUAAAAGAAACUUUAGAGCGAGUCAAAAGUAGAGAGGUGUCUUUCCUUUGAAGGGUAGGCCAAGUUAGCCAAUAAAUCCUUCUCAGCAAAUGGUUCUGUCACAAAAUGCUUUCCUAUGGCUUCAUUUUGUAAACACUGCAUUGUCUUGAGCGCUUUUCUUGUGCCCCACGUUGUUUUGUUUUGUUUUGUUUUCAAAGUAGAAAUUCCCUCCAGUUUUAUUAGCCUCUUUAUAUGUCUCAAAUUGCAUGAAUAUUUUCUGGCUGUUGGAAACCUGAAUGCUUUUAGACCCAAAUGGAAAAUUUCUGAAAUGCUGGAUUAUCUAUUUUUAAACAAGCAGUUGACUUAAAACUUUCUGUGGCAACUUCUGGUUUUCUGACAGUUCCCAGUGAGAGAACUUGUGACAGUACACUGGGUCACUGGGACUGUCUCUGUGAAGGUUUGCUUGAGAUGAAAAAGGGUAUUGCAGCUUCAGCAGUGUUGAACUGUGUGUUUAAAAUGUGAAUUACUGUUCUUGUAUACUGUAAUUGAUUACACGGGCUGGGGGGGUGUCAAAGAACUUGACAGGUUGUGUUGAUGCUCUUAGUUGAGUCUUGAAAAGUAAAUAUUAACGCUACAGAAAUGCAUGAGUUUCAAUAUAUUUUUUGUCUUUGUUUGCAUUGUAUAACUUUAACGAGUGAGUUUAAAAUUAUUUAAUUUCCUUAGAAAAUUAGCACCAUUUGGGGAAAAAAACUGGUGUUACGAAGAACGUAAAUGCACUGUUUUUAUUUUAUUUUAUAUAAUUUAAAUUGACUUUUCCCACUGUCUUUAAGUUGAAACUGUUAAGCUGAAUAAAAACUUAAGCUGCAAAUUGAUAACUUCGCUACAUUACAAGGAACAUAUAAAUGUUUACAAACGGCUUAAAGAUUUGCAUGUGCAGUGUGCAUUUAUAACACACUUGUAAUUGCACAGAACCCAUGCCAGCUCAGAGUUUAGGUGUACCCAUGUACCCAGCUGAGCAUUUUUAGAAUAACUACUGCACAAAUUGACAAUAGGUCAUAGGUCAUUCUCUCUCUCUCUCUCUCCUUUUUGCUUCCCUUUUCUUUUUCUCCCCUAUUUCCUUUCCUUCCCCCUACCCCCUAACUCAUGAAAAGAUUCUAUGGACUGAAAAAGCCCCAGGCUGAAAGGACUGAACUGCCUUGAUUGACGUGGGGAAGGGGGUUAGUAGACUAUGUGUAUCGGCAGCAGAGGCUGCAGCCCACCGUGUGGUUUUAAUGACCAGCACGCAGGGGAGAAGCAUUUUGCACAGUGUUUGUUUUCCUGUCUUGCACUUACAAAUAAGGUCUAUGGGAGUAGCAUGGAAAAUGUUUGUUGUUUUUCCCUUUUUCUUUUUUAAUUGCUUUUGUUUAAAAUUUGAUCGCCUUAACUACUGUAAACAUAGCCUAUUUUUGUGCUUAAGAUACUGAAUGGAAAACUCCAUUGUGUGUUGCUGGACUGUUUUGGAAAUAUUUGGUCAAAUGUAUGUUAAUUUGGCUGUAAUGGCAUUUAAAGCAAACAAACAAACAAACAAAGCUGUGAAGAUGGCCUUGAGCAUUAUCUUUAGUUACUUGAAGAGUUUCUAGUUUUUUGUUUUUUUUUUAAUACAGUUUAUGUUAAAAUAAUCUUUAUUAAUUUAGAGAAGACAAUCAAUGUCUGUGAGAGAACGGACUUUUUUUGAAUUUUUUUUUGUGGUCAUUGUGAGUGAUUGCUUUUUCUUUUUCUUAGUUUCACAUUCUUCCUUUGUUCUAAAUCUUAGACUGACAUCUAGCUUUGACAAUCAUAGUAUGUUUUAUUUCCUGAGGGGGAAUAACUUAUAAUGCUGUUUAGUUUUGUACUAUUGGUGUGUUGGUGAAUUUUUAAACUGUGUGCUAACUGCAAUAAAUUAUAUGAACUGAGAA